AUACUUAAUGCAAAGAACUUAACCAAACCAAACCAGAAAUAUGGUCUCUAAAGUUAUUAAAAUUAAAGUUUUGAUUUAAGAAGAAAGAUUAUUCGGAAGUUUCUGAAAGAGCUCCCAUAACAAGACUGUAAAAUAUUAAUUUAUUAUACCAUAUUUUCCAAUUUUGCUUUAAACUCAGAUUAUCUUUGAAAACAUUUUUACGAAAACAGAAUGGAGGGCAAAGAGGAAAAUGGUGUGAGUGUUGUUGAGGAGUCUAGCAGCGAAAAUCGUGAAAAAUCUAAAAUGAAAGGUGCUCGGGACAACGAAAAAAUCAAUUUACUUGUCAGUAAAUUUGGAGAUAAUCAAGAUGAUGAAAAUGAAGAUGUCAAUGAUGAGGAUUUUAUGAACGAAAUGGACGUGGUUGAUGCUUGGGAAGGUGAUGAAGACCGUUUAAAUGAUGACACAAAACGAGGGAAUCAUCCUAGAGAACGAGAAAAAAAACUCACAUCUAGGGAACGACGUAGACUUGAAAGAAGAGCGGAGAGUCGAGAAAGAGAGAGACUCAGAAAAGAAGAGAAGAAACGAGAACCAAUUCGUCGUGAUCCACAGAAGAGCAAUAAAGAUAUUGAACGAGACAAGAUUCGUGCGAAAAAAGACUCUGAGAGUAAGCUCCUGGCCGAGAAGGAAAGAGCGAUAAAGCAUAUUUUAGAUUCAGAUGAAGUGGUCCCACCGGGAACGGAAGAAGAUGCUAUUGAGAGUAUAGUUGAGAAGCAAACCCAGGAAACGAUUCUACGUCGAAAGAGCUUGGAACGGUUCAAGAUUAGUCCUACAAGACGAAGAAGAGUGAGUCCAUAUCGCGUUCGAAGAAGUCCCUAUCUAUUGAGCCCGGAGAGAAGAAGAAUUUCACAGCAUCGUAGAAGUCCACUCAUUCUUAGUCCGGAGCGUCGCCGAAGUCCUGAUAGACGUAGAAAGCCAAGUUGGGAUCGUCGGAACAGCACAGAAAGAAAGUGGAGCAUCGAACGGCAGAAACGACGAUUGGAACAACGCGAUCGUGAAUUCAAGAUGUCGAAUCGAAGGAGCCGAUCUCGUGAUCGUCAUCGAAGUUCCAGCAUUGAACGUCGCAAAAGAUACAGUCGAUCACCGCGACGUCGAAGUCACAGUCGCAGCAGAUCUCCGGACCGACGCAGAAAACGCUCGCCAUUCAUCAAUGAAAUUGCAAGGCAAUUGAGAAACGAAAUGGAAGUCGCAUCCACUCUAAACAGAUAUUCGGGACCGGUAAAUGUGUCAUCUUCAUCUUUUCACAUUGAUUCUUCUCAGUCGAGACUACCUUUGUUGCCAAACCCAAAUUUCACACCACAGGGGCCAGUAAUUGCUGGGCCUUCGUCAAUGCCAAGCGCAAUCGGACCACCGGGAAUAAACGCGCCACCUGGAAUGCCGGGGGGAGCGCCUCUCACUCGAUCAGCGCCAUUCAUGAACUUCGAUUUACUACCGCCUGGACCGAUCAUCAACUUUGAGCCGCCCAUGCCAGUGCAUUUGCGUCCACCGCCUGACUUCGCACCACCAUUCGGACCGCCUGUUCCACACGGACCACCACCGCCUGGACAACUCAUUUUGGGUCCCCCGGGUCUGCCUCUACCAGUUCCUUCACCGCAACCCGUUCCUGCUCCAGGGAUUUCGGAACCACCUUCUGUUUACAAUUCACUGCGGCAGCCUAUGUCGCAAAUUUCAUCAAAUCAAAAUCUUUUGGAGACUAAUAAGAAUCCUAUUAAUUCUUCACAUAAUUCUUCACAGCAGACAACUUAUCACGAUUGCAGACCAUCCUCACCUUAUAACAUUCACGAGAUGACGCAGGAUGAACGUUUGAAAACGCCAGAACCACCUGUUAUUUCAAAAUCCAAACGAUUUGAAAAGACCAGCUUAUCUAGUCUCUUGGAAGCAUCAGUAUCUACAAAAGAUUCGAAAAAUUCUUCAGUUUUAUAUCCAGGAUUCCGACCUGAAAUUCUCCGCCAUUGUGAAUACGCUUUACGAGAUUUGCCAUCAGAAGAUCCACGCUUGAAGAUGAAGGGCAGGUUCUUCUUCGACCCGAGCAAAGAAUCCACUGCAAAUGAAACUGCCGAAGAAGCUUCGAAUUCCAUUCUCCUUCGCAAGGGUAAAAAUAAAAUUGACUGGGAAGAUUUGGAGGAGUCUCUGCCUUCAUCAAAGUCGUCUGUUCAAAUGCAUCAGAAAAUCUGCCAAACGGAACAAGUGGAAACAGCGUCAAUGGGUGUCCAGGCAAGUGUGAGCGUCGCCCACAUUGGAAUUCAAGUCUAUUCCAGUGACAUUCAUCAACCGUUUUCUCAGCCGGAGAAAAGGCCACUCACUGACCGCUUGGAUUGGAGCAUGCGAGAGACAUACGAUUACUCCAGUAAAAUGAGAGACUCCGAGGAUUUACGAUGGAGCUUGAGCAGCUCUCAAAAGCGAACUCCUUGGGGACGUGCCAUUUCCCCUGAACGACCAUUUCAAUCAUUAAACGAGCACAAUUUAGGUCCGAGUUCUAGUUUGAGCUCAAAUAUAAGUCAAUCUGUUGAACAUUCCCGGAAUUUUAAUUCAGAAUUGCCCACUAGAGAUAAUUUCACGAGGCCUGGAAAUUAUGCUCAUACAAUGAAUCGUAAUUUUGACGAGAGAAUUAAUUAUCGAGAAGAGAGAGGAAACUUUCGCGAAGAGAUGUCUGACGAAAUUCGAGGCGCCAGUCCCAUGGCCAUGGAUGAUCCACCCGAAGAUUUAGACUUGGAGCAUGAAAAUUUCUCGAGGGAGUCCAUUGGAUCGAGUAAAGCAGCGCUUUUCUUCAAAUCACGUGCACCACGCGAAAUACCGUUAGGAGGACGACCACCUGCCAGAGGAAAUUUUCGCGGUAAAUAUUGGUAAAGAGAUCGGCAAAAAAUAUUUUUUUCCCCUUUUUUUAAGUCUUUAGUUAGUAACUAAAUUUAAUCACCAAAGCUACAAUAUGUUGAGCUUAAGUCUUGAAAAACUUAUUAUAUCGGAUAAUAAACACUUUUGUAAACUCUUGUUGAGAGAGUACAACUUUCUGCAUAAUAAUUUAAAGCAAUGAUUUUACAACUUCUUAUCAUGUGUAUAGGCGGAAAGUUAUAACGUUUUCACAUUUUUUUUUCUUCUCUUUAUAUUUCUUAAUCUUUCAUGUAAGUUCCUCUUGAUUUUGUAUUAUUAACAGUAUAAUAGAAAAAAGUGUCACUAUUAUUAUUUAAGAAAUAUUAUACUGCAUGUACAUGGAAGAGAGAAAAACAAUUAUAUACAAUUCUUUAUGUGUAUAUUAACAAGUAUAAAUAAUAAAUUUUCAACAAUCGUUAAAGUA